CAAUCCUUGUCCUCGUCCUCAUCCUCAUCCUCGUCCUCGUCCUCGUCCUCGUCCUCGUCCUCUUCCUCGUCCUCGGCGCAUUCGCAGUGCACUGUGAAUCUGCAGAACGAUUUGGGAUCACUGGAACCUCUUUUCAUAAAAAACGAUCAACUAUGGUCACCGAGUGGUCCCAACCUGACGUGGAAAUCGCAGGAAACUACAACCGUUGCUUGCUCUCGAGUUUUGUUGUUAAACGCGAGCAGUAACACCGCCUCAUUAACCUGCGUGUCUGGUCAGAAAUUUCUACUGGAUAACCUCCCAGUGAAGUCAUCAGAGUUGCUGUGUUCUGGUCGAAUGACGGGAGAUGUUGUAGACACGGGUCAGCGAUGUGGUAUCAAUGGAACAUUGAUGACGAUUGGAUUCGAUGUGAAAGAUGUUGGUUUUUUGACCUACAUCGAGGUGUGCUAUAAUAAUCCACUUGCAUCGGUAAUUUAUACCAAACAUGUGAUCCCUGGUGGAGCCAUUGAGUAUGCAAUCAAAGAAUCAUACAGACCAUCGUUCAAAGUAGCUGGCACACCUUCACACGUCAGUCCCGCCAAUUCCUACACACAAGAAGCACAACUUGGUAGAUUAUCAGCGCUGCUCGGAUCUUUGCAGCAAGCUAAGAAAUUCAUUCGAGGCGGUUCAUACUAUUUGGCCCGGGGUCAUCUUGCACCGGAUGCUGAUGGUAUCUACAGACCAUGGCAAUGGAUAACCUUUUUCUACGUGAAUGCUGCUCCACAAUGGCAAAUAAUCAACGCAGGCAAUUGGUUGGUGGUAGAAAAUCUCGUCCGUUCAAAGGCGGCUGCAUUGAGAGACGAUGUGGUUGUGUUCAGUGGAGUGCACGAUAUACUACUACUCCCUAAUACCACGGGCAAGCUAGUGCCGGUUACACUCGAAGAGGAGGGCAUUAGGAUACCCAAGUGGUUCUGGAAAAUUGUUAUAUCAAACCAGACUAACUCUGGCAUUGCAUUUGUAACAAACAACGAUCCCUUUCGCGGGAAUAUGACGACUGGUGAAAUGCUGUGCCGAGAUGUUUGUCAACAGUACGGUUGGAGUGAUGAUCGAUUCAAAAAUUUUGAACGUGGAUUCACAUAUUGCUGUACGAUUACGGAUUUGAAGGUUGCUGUUGCUGACAUACCCAGAAAUAUUUCUGCAAGAUCUGUAUUUAAAGAUCUUAUCUUGAACAACAAGUUGGUGACAUUUCUCAGCGUGGUCCUUUUUGCAUUCAUAAUUACCACUAUUGCUUUGGCCAGUUCUAAUCAGAGCACGAAGGCAGCCAUCAGACAGUGUCAAGCGGAGCUUGCCGGAGGUCCUCGGUGUUCCGUAUCGAUAAAGACUGACAUUCCUGAGAAACUGUGUCCGGUUUACCUGAAACACGAGGGUAGCGCUCUUAAACUGUGGGCACCUUAUGGGUCAUCGCUUGUGUGGAAUACAACUUCUGAGCAAACAGCACUUCUCUGCUCGGGUGACGGCAAUGCGUUGGAAAGAACUAACCAGGUUCUCAGUUAUAAAUCUUGUCUUAAAGAUACACAAUUCAGCGUAGUAAACGAAACAGUCAAAUCGGCCGAUCUCAAAUGUAAGGCGGAAGUGAUCGGUGAGUUUAUGGCCACGGAGAAAUUAUGUGGAAAUGGUCGUGGAACAUUGCAUCAGAUUGGGUUCAAGGCGAAAAAUGAUCUAUUCAUCACAUACAUCGAAUCAUGUUUAAAAUGGGAUAAAUCAACUGUUUUGUACACGAGUCACAUUCUACCGGGAGCUGCGAUUGCAAAUGCUGCCGCUAAUGCUCCUGAUGCUAGCUGGAGAAAAGAUGGUAUGCCUGACAAAAUAGAUACUAUGUACGAUCAAAAUUACCAACUGGAUAGAUUCGACAACCUUUUUGGAUCUGAACGAGGAAAACAACUGAUUGUCAAAGAUGAGCAGUUCUUGUCCCGCGGUCAUUUGACUCCGAAUGGGGAUGGUAUUUUUGGUAGCUGGAAAAGCGCGUCGUUCUUCUAUGCGAAUGCUGUUCCUCAGUGGAAUGUCAUCAACUCCGGUAAUUGGGCAAAAAUCGAGUCUCUCACGCGUAAUAUCGCGAACGCACUGAAGGAAGAUUUGCUUGUGAUUCAGGGAACCCUUGGGGUGCUAUCAUUUCUUAACGAAAAGAACGAAUCGAUAUCAGUUUCGCUAGCGGAUAACGGGACCGAGGUACCCGAAUGGAUAUGGAAGAUUGUGAAGUCUCCCAGCAGGGAUGCAGGGAUUGCAUUCGUUACGCUAAACAAUCCUUUAGCAGGAGAACUGGCAGAUUCGCAGUUGCCUUGUGCGAAUAUAUGCCAACGAACUGGAUGGAACACCAUCGUCGGUACGGAAGCCAAGAAGGGCUUCAGCAUAUGUUGUGAUCCCAAUAUGUUGAUACGAGCGGUCUCGCAUGCACCGGAUGAGGGUUUGGUGCGGAAUGUAUUGAACCAGGAUAUUUUAUCUUCCGCUGCAGAUAGAUUUGGUGCAUGCUGGUCAUUUGUGGUCGCAUUAGGUGUGUGUAUUUCAACCAUCUCAUUGUUACAUAAGUAACUUCGUUUGGGUAUGCAAAAAAUUAAUAAAUUGACAGUCGACAUA